AUGACGCUAAGAGGCCACAUGACGCUAAGAGGCCACAUGACGCUAAGAGGCCACAUGACGCUAAGAGGCCACAUGACGCUAAGAGGCCACAUGACGCUAAGAGGCCACAUGACGCUAAGAGGCCACAUGACGCUAAGAGGCCACAUGACGCUAAGAGGCCACAUGACGCUAAGAGGCCACAUGACGCUAAGAGGCCACAUGACGCUAAGAGGCCACAUGACGCUAAGAGGCCACAUGACGCUAAGAGGCCACAUGACGCUAAGAGGCCACAUGACGCUAAGAGGCCACAUGACGCUAAGAGGCCACAUGACGCUAAGAGGCCACAUGACGCUAAGAGGCCACAUGACGCUAAGAGGCCACAUGACGCUAAGAGGCCACAUGACGCUAAGAGGCCACAUGACGCUAAGAGGCCACAUGACGCUAAGAGGCCACAUGACGCUAAGAGGCCACAUGACGCUAAGAGGCCACAUGACGCUAAGAGGCCACAUGACGCUAAGAGGCCACAUGACGCUAAGAGGCCACAUGACGCUAAGAGGCCACAUGACGCUAAGAGGCCACAUGACGCUAAGAGGCCACAUGACGCUAAGAGGCCACAUGACGCUAAGAGGCCACAUGACGCCUAAGAGGCCACAUGACGCUAAGAGGCCACAUGACGCUAAGAGGCCACAUGACGCUAAGAGGCCACAUGACGCUAAGAGGCCACAUGACGCUAAGAGGCCACAUGACGCUAAGAGGCCACAUGACGCUAAGAGGCCACAUGACGCUAAGAGGCCACAUGACGCUAAGAGGCCACAUGACGCUAAGAGGCCACAUGACGCUAAGAGGCCACAUGACGCUAAGAGGCCACAUGACGCUAAGAGGCCACAUGACGCUAAGAGGCCACAUGACGCUAAGAGGCCACAUGACGCUAAGAGGCCACAUGACGCUAAGAGGCCACAUGACGCUAAGAGGCCACAUGACGCUAAGAGGCCACAUGACGCUAAGAGGCCACAUGACGCUAAGAGGCCACAUGACGCUAAGAGGCCACAUGACGCUAAGAGGCCACAUGACGCUAAGAGGCCACAUGACGCUAAGAGGCCACAUGACGCUAAGAGGCCACAUGACGCUAAGAGGCCACAUGACGCUAAGAGGCCACAUGACGCUAAGAGGCCACAUGACGCUAAGAGGCACAUGACGCUAAGAGGCCACAUGACGCUAAGAGGCCACAUGACGCUAAGAGGCCACAUGACGCUAAGAGGCCACAUGACGCUAAGAGGCCACAUGACGCUAAGAGGCCACAUGACGCUAAGAGGCCACAUGACGCUAAGAGGCCACAUGACGCUAAGAGGCCACAUGACGCUAAGAGGCCACAUGACGCUAAGAGGCCACAUGACGCUAAGAGGCCACAUGACGCUAAGAGGCCACAUGACGCUAAGAGGCCACAUGACGCUAAGAGGCCACAUGACGCUAAGAGGCCACAUGACGCUAAGAGGCCACAUGACGCUAAGAGGCCACAUGACGCUAAGAGGCCACAUGACGCUAAGAGGCCACAUGACGCUAAGAGGCCACAUGACGCUAAGAGGCCACAUGACGCUAAGAGGCCACAUGACGCUAAGAGGCCACAUGACGCUAAGAGGCCACAUGACGCUAAGAGGCCACAUGACGCUAAGAGGCCACAUGACGCUAAGAGGCCACAUGACGCUAAGAGGCCACAUGACGCUAAGAGGCCACAUGACGCUAAGAGGCCACAUGACGCUAAGAGGCCACAUGACCGCUAAGAGGCCACAUGACGCUAAGAGGCCACAUGACGCUAAGAGGCCACAUGACGCUAAGAGGCCACAUGACGCUAAGAGGCCACAUGACGCUAAGAGGCCACAUGACGCUAAGAGGCCACAUGACGCUAAGAGGCCACAUGACGCUAAGAGGCCACAUGACGCUAAGAGGCCACAUGACGCUAAGAGGCCACAUGACGCUAAGAGGCCACAUGACGCUAAGAGGCCACAUGACGCUAAGAGGCCACAUGACGCUAAGAGGCCACAUGACGCUAAGAGGCCACAUGACGCUAAGAGGCCACAUGACGCUAAGAGGCCACAUGACGCUAAGAGGCCACAUGACGCUAAGAGGCCACAUGACGCUAAGAGGCCACAUGACGCUAAGAGGCCACAUGACGCUAAGAGGCCACAUGACGCUAAGAGGCCACAUGACGCUAAGAGGCCACAUGACGCUAAGAGGCCACAUGACGCUAAGAGGCCACAUGACGCUAAGAGGCCACAUGACGCUAAGAGGCCACAUGACGCUAAGAGGCCACAUGACGCUAAGAGGCCACAUGACGCUAAGAGGCCACAUGACGCUAAGAGGCCACAUGACGCUAAGAGGCCACAUGACGCUAAGAGGCCACAUGACGCUAAGAGGCCACAUGACGCUAAGAGGCCACAUGACGCUAAGAGGCCACAUGACGCUAAGAGGCCACAUGACGCUAAGAGGCCACAUGACGCUAAGAGGCCACAUGACGCUAAGAGGCCACAUGACGCUAAGAGGCCACAUGACGCUAAGAGGCCACAUGACGCUAAGAGGCCACAUGACGCUAAGAGGCCACAUGACGCUAAGAGGCCACAUGACGCUAAGAGGCCACAUGACGCUAAGAGGCCACAUGACGCUAAGAGGCCACAUGACGCUAAGAGGCCACAUGACGCUAAGAGGCCACAUGACGCUAAGAGGCCACAUGACGCUAAGAGGCCACAUGACGCUAAGAGGCCACAUGACGCUAAGAGGCCACAUGACGCUAAGAGGCCACAUGACGCUAAGAGGCCACAUGACGCUAAGAGGCCACAUGACGCUAAGAGGCCACAUGACGCUAAGAGGCCACAUGACGCUAAGCAGGCCACAUGA